AUGCUGCCAUGGAGAAAGACUCUGAUGCUGACCGCAUAUGCCACGGCUCUGGAAGCCAUUGUCACGGAUCUACUGGAACUGGUGCCACAGGCUGCUGUCACCAGCUGUACUAACAGCCACUACUGCACCGUCGUGUUUUACUGUGGCAACUUUGGCCUGAUCUUGCUGAAUCCGCUCUGGCAAAGCAACGACUGCGAGGCAGCUCUUCACAUGCUCCAAAAAAUGAUACAAGUCACCAUGAUCCGUGGAGCUCAAGCAGGUGGAGUGGUUACCUUUGAGCAACCAGCAUCGAAUCCAAAUGCUACGCGGGCCAUUCGCAGCCGUGUCGUCAACCGCAAACGAACCGAUCUCUCGGAAGGAAUCAUUGCCAAGGUCAAGCGCGACUAUAAAAUUAAUAAUCGGCCCUACUUUUGGCAAUCCUCCUCCAAACAGAACAACAACACUGCUGACAUGGUCAAGCUAUUUGCUGGUCACACGAGAUUUGCAACGUCCAGCAUCUCCAAUCUAGAUGGCACUCAUCCACACCGAUGGUCGCCCACGGCUACCAGGAGGGUGUACGACUUUUUAACGGCACAAGCAAACAAUGUACAGGUUGAAAACCACAUUAUGCACAAUGGAGACUUUGAGUUUUAUGAGCUGAAUGGAAUGUCGUACGAUCUCGAGAUUGUUCAAGACUUUCUCGCGGACGUCCUAUGUGAACCCAUGCCGUCCACCACGGAUUCUUGCGCCAUUGCUGGCUUUUUAGACCUCAUUCGGACACAGGGGUGCUUCAGUUUAUCUGCACGCUACGCUCUCGCGGUCGGGAUGCCCUGCUCUUCGAUGGAAUCCAACAGCACCUUUGAUCUUCCACGAUCCUUUGACUUUUACGAACAAGUGGGUGCCAUCUUUGAGGCUUGUCUAGAAAAGUAUCUGAGCAGUUCGUCGUCGUCGUCGCGGGUCGAAGCGCUCCAAGCAUUGGCUCGUGACAAGCGACUCCGUCAAGGACUCAUCAAAGUCAUAUGUACCGCUCUGCCAGCACACCAGCACCUGUUCCAGCCAAUGGUUCCAUUUCACAUUUCCGAAUUCACAAAAGAAAACGAGCAGGAAGACGUCGAACUGGGCAACCAAGACCCAAAGAGUGUUUAUCGCUUUGUUUCUGCAGCGGUCCACGCCUUUUUUGACAAUGAUCUCAUGCAAUCCACCAAAGAGUUCCUUUCCAAUGCUCGUGGAUCCUUUGGCCUCUGUGUCGUUUCCACGCUCGAUGCAAAGUCCCAAAUGUGCUUGGCUGCACAAGGACAAACCAUCUCGGUCGCCUUCUACCCCAAGUCGGGAUUGGUAUUGUAUGGAUCCGAACAAGCUGCCGUCAAGGCAGCCAUGAAUGUGGAUGCCCCUGGUCAUGGCAACGUGGCGGACGAUGCUCGUGCUGCUGCUGAUGAUGAUGAUAAAGAUGUGGACAACGCCCUGGACCGUCUUGCAGCUCGCUUGGACCUGGACGAUCUGGCAGGUGAAAUUUGUCUUUUGGACUGGAGUACGAACCGUGGCAACGACGACCAGAUUGUCAGCCGUCCGAAUCGCCAUCUGAUGGUGCACAACAUCAUGAACCAGACAUUGCGAGUGGUGCUUUGCAAGCUCAACCAAACCACAGGCAGCAGCAACAUCAACGGCAUGGACAAGAGUCUCUUUCACAGAAUGACUCUGCUAGAAGGCAACGACUUUAUUCAACCACUCCGAAAGGACCCUGAAGAUAUUGUGCUAUCCGAUAUUCAAUCCAUCCCACGAGUUUGUCAGGCCAUUCAAAAGAAUUGGCAAAACGAAACAGCGGACAUCAGCUUCAAUAGGCUGACUGCUUUGGCGCUCUCCCGAAGUCUCAUCCGCCGACUGGAUGCCAUUUCCUCGGGCAGGCUCCAGCAACAGCCGGGAUCCGUUGAUAUUCUCUUGACUGGAUGUGAAGUAUCCCUUUGGCUUGCUGAACAAAUGGCCUCGGACUUGAAGAAGGCUCUCACAAAGCUAAACGUCCUGGCUGUGAGUUCCAACAAGGUAUUGGGACUGUUCGGCCAGGAACAAAGCAUUCCGGCGAUUGGCUUUCCCAUGUCCCCACAGACUCACGUCUUAUCCGACACAAUCGUGAUCAUACUAAGUCAUUCGGGAGGGACCUUUGGGCCACUGCAGUGCAGCAACCUCUUGCAGAGCGUGACCCGCAACAUUUUUGCAGUGACUUCCGAGUGGGAUUGCCAGAUUGGGAAGCAGUUGCGAUCCAUGUACGAUCCCGACAACGAGACUAUAGCCGACUCGAGCCGACUCUUUACCACGGGGGUUGGGCUGGCUCCCGCUGAGCCGUGUUCCUUGAGUGUCGCAGCCAUGCAGCAGCUACUGACGCAAAUUUUUGUGCAUAUUUGCAUCGUUGGGACCAGCUCUCCCCGUCACAGACACAUUCUUGGCGCUGUGAUCACUGAGCGCGAUCUGCAGAUUUUGGAAAGAUGCAAUCGCGACAACAUUCAAGCCCUGGAAGAAAUUGUCGGUGUCGAUGCCGAGGGCAAGCGAUUGAAGACAGCCCUGACUCAAACUGUCAGGGAUCUGCGAGCAAUUGGUGAUCGAUGGAGUGAGCACGUCUUGGAGAACGCAAAAGCCUACAUCAUGUCCUUUCUGUACAUUGUGAUCACUGUCACAACUGGAUGGCCUCUGAUCAGUGGUAUCGGACAUGCCGCUGGCGCUGGCAACUCUGAAUGGCUGGUGUAUAUCUUGCGCUUCCUCGAUUCUUUGCUGUACUUUUGGCUUCCUCAAAUCAACAUUACAAUCCUGCGGCUCCUGCAGGGACGCGAUUUGCUCCAUCGCAUGGUUGGAAGAACGGUUGUCAUUGGCGAUAUUCCCUGGGUUGCAGCCUCAGCAGAAGCUUUCCUGAGUAAGCUGUUUGCCUGUUCCUACUCCAUCGCCGGGCUGAAUGUGCACAGCGCCAACCCCAGCGACCAUUUGGUCCACAGACAUACCCACCGAGUCACACGUGGCACUCUGUUGGUCUGUGGACGCCCUGAUGGCCGGCUCAUGGCCCUUUCGUCAUUGGAGAAUUCUGUCCUGCUCAGUGUCAACCAAGCCAGCAGCAUCCAGAGCUGGGGCGGAAGGUGCGAGUCUGUGACAAUUGGACACAAUCCUUUUGAAAAUGGUCUUUGCUACAAAAACAUUUUCCUUGCUCGGCAUCGUCCGCUGUUCCUUUGCGAGCGAAUCCUGGACAUGACUGCCUCGCCAGCUCUUAUCAUCCCUCCUGAAUCUGAACAAACAUCUGCUCUUGCAAAACUGGCAACCAAAAUCCCAGGAUUGACUAGAAAGAACAUCCAUAUCUCCGAGUCCACGAUGGACUCGUCUGCCUCCUCUUCUUCCUCCGCCAACAACAGCAAAAGCCGACCGACGAGAGACGCAAUGAAAAAGUCUGUAUCCAUGUCGAGCUCUGCCCUUAUGGGGCGCUAUUCCACAUUGAAAAUGCAGCACAAAGUUUCCAUGACGAGACUUCGAAAUCGAAUGCUGCGCGAAGCCCACGAACGGGAGCUGUUGAAUCGCAGCCGUCACAAGGAAUGGGAUCUGCUGCUACAAGGCCACAAAAAAAUUCACCACGGCAGCCACCACGGGAACAACGCCUUUCGCAAUUGGCUGGACUCUAGUAUUCGCAGCCACCACAAGAAUGGACAUGGACUGGACUCCAGCAUGCGUAGUCGAGAUUCGAGCACUCACAGACGAGCCCACCCAAACGCUCACGGCGUACCCGCCACUAAUCACCACGCCAUGGAAGUCAAUGACAUUCUGGCCGAAAUGCACUUGGAGCAAACAGAAGUAGCCGUUGCUCAGCGAGUGUUUGAAGAUUACGACGAAAACAACAAUGGCGGGCUGGACCUGAAGGAGUUUUUGGCAGCUUACAAGUUCAUCGACCCGGCACUCUCGACCGACGAAGCGACUCGUCUGUUUGAGGAAGCCGACUUGAACGACUCUGGCGAGCUGUCCUUUAACGAGUUCCUCCGAGUCCUUACAACCCCUCAACUGAAGCUUCAAGCAGCCAAGAAUAGGUCUAUCCGAGAUCACGUGGGUCUAGUGUCUGUCAAGCCCACAGAGGGAAAGUUCUUUGACGCAGACAUUUACAACAAGGAAAUCGCUGGUGUCUCCAAGAUUGCAUUGGCCAAAAGCGAGAGCUUGAGCAUGGAACUGUACGAGGCCAGGAUUGCCUCUCUACAACGGUUUGUGUCAAUGUGCGUGAUGUUCCACCAACUAGGUCAUCGUGUGCAGUCUUUCUUUUCUACAAUCAGCUUUGGCUUGUGGGGGUAUCGAAUGGAUCGUACCCACAGCAUAAUGAGAGUGGCAACGACAGCAAGUCCCGCCAGUGGUGCCAAUGUACGACGUCAAAUGGAAGUCCUUCGAAUGUUCCAUGUUCUGAAUCGAGCGGCCCACACAAUUGGGGCGGCAUGGGCUCGAUACAAGCAGAGAAAAGUGCAGAGACUCCUGGAACUGGACAGUCCCAGGUAG